CUGAGCGUGGUGAUGAUGCUUGGCUGGGAUGAUUGUAUUAAAAGCUGAGCUGUAAUCAAUGAGCAACAUUCUCACACAUGUGUUUUUUCUGUCCAGGUGUGAGAGGGCAGUGUGCAUCACCUAUGGAUCGGUUCAUACCACAUGCAAAUUGAAGAGGGUCCAUGGAAGCGGGGGGAGUUUUGUCUAGCCCCUCAAAGCACUUCAUGAUUUUGAGGUCAGGGUGACCAGUUCCUGGGGACUGAGGCAAUGGUGGUCCUUUUGAAGCAUGUGGGAAUCACAGAUGGGUUGUGCAAAGUGGCAGGCAAUUUAGCCGAUUGUUUAGGCUAUGUGUACAUGCGGAAAGUUCGUUAAACCAUCAUGGGCAAUGUCACCAGUAUUAUUCAUGCAUUUAGCUCAGGGGUGUUAAAGCCUAAUAUAUCUUUAAUUUUUAAUUUUUCCAAUGCGUGGAUUUUUUAAUCUAUGCUUGUUUUGUUUUGAGAGGGAAUAAACUGGCGUUGACAAAGGUAUGACCAUUUUCAUGAUUUCCUGUGCAGUGGACCUUUUAACUGUGUACAGAUUCACUCACACACAUGCCUCUGUAGAACGUUGACCGUUACUUCCCCCGCGAAAUGAUUGUGUGAACUUGUGUAAAUGUGUGCAGUGUUGGUUGUUUGUCAAAAUGCUGCUCCUCGGUGCUAAGGCGGCAGCCUCGUUCUGACACCGUGUCAUGAAAGGCUUGGAUGUGAGGAGUACGCGGAUCCACCAUCAGUAAACACAACCGAUUUUCCCGGACAGAAAUGCAGAUGAGGCAGUGAGAGAAAAAGACAAGCUGAGCGGAGAGGACGAUCGGGUGUUCAGCUGAGAACAACCACAAGCCCCAGCAGCACAGAAGAGUGUGUCUGUGUGUGUGAGAGUGAAGAGUGUCUCUGUGUGUCUGUGUGUGUGAGAGUGUGAAGAGUGUCUCUGAGUGUCUGGUGUGGUGUGUGAGAGAGAGUGUGCAGGUGGCCAGAGUGAGUUGGAGUGUAGACCUGUGUGCUUGUGUGUGUGUGUGUGUGUGAGUGUGUGUCCGUGUGUGAUUUGUGAAGAUGCUAGGCUGCUGUGGUGGUGGGCUGCGUGUGCGGUCCUGGCUGACCUUUGCCUCGGGGCUGUUUGAGUGUCUGUGUUUCGCCGGGGCUGUGUUUGGCUGGGCCUCGCUUGUCUUCGUGCUCAAGAGUGACGGCUACUUCAGUGAGCUCUGUGUCAACACUACCAGUAGCAAUGGCACAUACACCACAGACUGCAGUGAGCAGGACGAGAAGCUCUCUCUCAUCUUUACUAUCGCGUCAUUCAUGAACAACUUCCUCACACUACCCAACGGCUUCCUGUUUGACCGCUUCGGCACCAUGGUUACCCGGCUCCUUGGAAUAUCCAUAUACACCACUGGGACCAUGAUGGUAGCUUUCUCAAACGCUGCUAUGUCCAUCUUGCUCUAUCCUGCUCUCUCCUUUAUUGCGGUCGGAGGGAUUCUGUUUCUGGUGACAAACAUGCAGGUAGGGAACCUGUUUGGUUCCCGGCGCUCCACUAUCAUCACUCUCUACAACGGAGCCUUUGACUCUUCCUCCGCCAUCUUCCUCAUCAUCAAGUUGCUGCAUGAGAGUGGGGUCUCUCUACAGGCCUCCUUCCUCUUCCUCUCCAUGUGCAGCCUGAUCCACCUGCUGCGCACCUUCCUCCUCAUGCCCCGAAAACACAUCCCCUACCCACUACCUGAGGGCUACACUUAUGGAAUGAGCUGUGGCCAGAAGAAAAGCUACAGCAUUGAGGGAAAGUCAGCCAAUCAGGGGAACAUACAGACCCCUGCUGUCCACAGAGGAGACCGCUCUCCAAGAGGACACACCAUCAUCCCAAAACGAGUCAGUGACUAUAAGAGUUUUGGGAGCUGUGUUUUGUCCUGGUUCUUCCUGUGGCACCUGCUGUGGUUGUCAGUUAUGCAGCUGAGACACUACCUGUUCAUCGGCACACUCAACCCCAUGCUCAACCGCCUCACUGCAGGAGAACCAGCUCUGGUGAGCACCUACACAAAUGCCUUUGCCAUCACUCAGCUGUGUGGAGUGCUGUGUGCUCCCUGGAAUGGCCUCCUUAUGGACCGGCACAAGGGGCGCGCCAGAAAGCCAGGUGAGAGCGAGCGUGACGCAGACCUGCAGGCAGCCAUCUUGUCCCUGGCUGUGACGGCGCUGCAGUGUGUGCUGUUCUCUGUGUGCGCGGCCUCCCCCCUGCUGCCCCUGCAGUACCUCACCUUCAUCCUGCAGGUGCUCAACAGGUCCUUUCUCUAUGGAGGAAACGCAGCCUUCAUCAGCGUGGCGUUCCCAGCAGCCCAUUUUGGGAAACUGUAUGGUCUGGUCAUGGCUCUGUCUGCGGUGGUGUCUCUGCUGCAGUACCCCUGUUUCGCCCUGAUCAAGGGACCCCUGGGGGGAGACCCGCUCUAUGUGAACAUUGCUCUGACCUUGUUGACUUUGCUGGCCUUCAUCCACCCCAUCUAUCUCUACUUGCACUGCCGUCGCCUAGCAACGCAGAGGGGUAGAACCACAAAUUAACCCUACCAGUUUGCAGACAGAAGGGACCAACUUGUACCUUAACAUAUGGAUUAUUUGUGUUGUUUUAAUUCAGUAUUUUUUUAAUUGUUAUUUGUCUUUUAACACUCAUACGUUCUUUUUUGUUAAAAUGUGUACCUGUAACACUUAGCUUUAGCUUUUUUAUAUAUUAAAGAUGUCCGUUCCAAAUCAGGAUCUUGGAGUAGAAACCUAUUUCAGGAAAUGAGCAGGGAGUUAGGUUAAUGAUCUGAAAAUGCUCUCGGAAACCACGGAGGUUGAAGGAGGAGCUGUCUCAGCCUUAUUGCAUUUGUCAGAAUUGGUAAUAGGAGCUGUCUCACCAUUAUUGCAUUUGGUAUGAUCGGGACGAGGAGCUGUCUCACCAUUAUUGCAUUUGGUAUGAUUGGGACGAGGGGCUGUCCACCCUUUACCAAAGCGCAAGUGAUUUUAGUGCAUUUACAUCCUUUCGCAGGGAAGAUUUGACAUGCCUUAAACAAUCAAGAGGUUACACUUCUUUCCCAAAAUGCAUAGCAUGUGAGCCUGUGCUGUAUUGCCUUAUACUGUUUAAAGUCAUUCCGAAUGUCACUCAUGAAUAAUCCUGUUUUAGCUGUGGGAAAGCAUGCAAUGCAUGUUGGGAAAGGAGCAGAAUUUAGAGUGUGGUGUCACACCUGCCUUCCCCUCUGACCUCUGACCUCUGCGUGUGAGCAGCUGUUUCAUGUGACCCCCCCCCCCCACACACACACACACACACACACACACACACGCACACACUCAUAAAAGCGUCUAGUUAGCAUGCUUGUCAGACCACAUAGAGGCCACCGUAUGUGUCUGAUACUUAACUGUGCUAUUCUGAAUGAAGCAGGUCGUCCAAUCUUUCCUUCUUAAAGCUGGUUAAUUGUUUAUUAAUGAAAUAAUGUGUCUGGCCUUCUGGAACUUUUUUCUAUUAAUUUACUUUUCAUGUAUGGAGUGCUGUUCAGUUGAACUAACACACAUACACAUACAGACACACACACACACCCACAGUUACUGCCAAACAAGGACACACUGCCCUCUCUUGGCAAAACUAGGUUAUUGUUUACUUGUGACCAACACAAUUGGACAAAAGUUGUUUUACCUCAUAGUGUUCAGAGCAAUAAUAUUUUUACCUUGCAGUAGUCAGUGCCAGUAUUUUGUCUCACUUUUUAUACAAAAGGGAAUCGCAUAUAUGAAAUAAAACCAUGUGGCAAUGGG